GAAUUGGAACAGGAACUGGUUCCUGAGUGGCGGGCAAAGUAUCUCGACUACAAGACGGGCAAGAAGAAAUUAAAGGCCAUCACUCGAGCCAUCCAGAAGGGGAAUCGCAGUCCCAUCCCUCCAUCCUUCCGAAAUCUUCCACCCUCUCAAGGCGCAACACAACCAUCCUAUGAAACGCCAAACGUCGAUAGGACUCUUGAUGGCACAUCCCCGGAAGAUUUACCAGCGCAAAAUGCCAAUCGUCGAGGCUCUAGUCCUCAACCCAUUCCGCGGUCCAAGUCUACACCUCGCCAAGAACGCCAGCCGUUGCGCACGCCGGGGUCGCGAUUUUCAGAUAAUGUAGGGAGCUAUGGGAGCAUCUUGGCGACACCGCCAGAGGCACCGGGCAUGGCAGGCUCAGACAGAGCAUCUUUUGAGCUUCCAGAUCCUAUCAUGAACCCAGAUGAGUAUUCGCCGCCAGCGCAUGAUGCAACUAGGGAAUCGCGUCGUCGCAGACAAGUCAGGACCCCGUCACCUGUCUUGACUAGACGUGCAACCACUGGUACAUACUCGGCCCAGACAGAGGCAAACAGCCCAGCGGACCAAAGGAACGCGACAUUGUCAACGCAUCCCACCUCGCAGAGUCUUAGCCUUCAAGGAGAGACUUUGACAAAAACGAAUUCGACAAAUCGUACAUCGCAACUCCUUCGACGGGUAUUUUCUCACACAGAAGGCGAGGUGGCCGGGAAGAAGUCAAUGGCGGAUGCUUCAUUUGAGCCUGAAAAACGCCAGGAUGAGUUCUUUAUCUUCUUGGAUAGUGAAUUGGACAAAAUCGACUCCUUUUACCGGAUGAAGGAGCAAGAAGCCAUUACUCGACUGAGGACUCUUCGACAGCAGCUGCAUGUUAUGCGAGAUCAACGCAUCCAGGAGGUGUAUGAGACCAAACGAGGCAUGAAGCUGAUCAAAGAUGAGCAAGAUCAACGACCAACGGGAAUCGCCAAACUCAACGGCUCGCGAAUCAAAGAUACUUUGACAGGUAAAACUCGGUUCGGAAAGAAUACUCAGGCGCUAGCAGCGAUGGCUACUCCAAAGCUUCCUGAGCGGGAGCGUGAAUUUAUUGCCAACCGACGAGACUUCAUGCGCCGGCAGGACCCACAAAAUGUCGACGUAUCAUAUCGAUCUGCGAAACGUAAACUCAAGCAUGCCUUGCAGGAGUUUUAUCGUGGCGUUGAGCUCCUGAAGGGGUAUGCUUAUCUUAAUCGGAAAGCUUUCCGAAAGAUUAACAAGAAGUACGACAAAACCGUCAAUGCCCGACCGUUAUUGCGUUACAUGAGCGAGCGGGUCAACAAAGCGGCCUUUGUUCAGAGUGAAGAGACCGAACACUUGAUUGUGGCGGUCGAGGAUCUUUAUGCACGAUACUUUGAACGUGGAAAUCGCAAAAUUGCAGUGUCCAAACUUCGUCACACCAUCAAUAAAUCGGGCGAUUAUUCCCCCAGCACCUUUCGGGCAGGUCUUUUGCUUAUGGCAGGUGUGCUAUUCGCUAUACAGGCCCUGGUAUAUGCUACACAGCAUCUGCGCGCUGUUGAUUCAGUGGAGCGGGUGCGCACUAGUUAUCUGUUGCAGAUUUACGGAGGUUAUUUCCUCAUCACGUUUCACGUUUUGCUCUUUUCUUUGGAUUGUAUGAUUUGGACCAAGUCCAAGAUUAACUAUGCAUUUGUUUUUGAAUAUGAUACCAGGCACACGCUGGAGUGGCGCCAAUUGCUAGAAAUCCCUGCGUUCUUCAUGUUCGCUCUGGGCCUUUUCAUGUGGCUGAACUUCUCAUGGGUUAAUGCCAUGUAUAUAUAUUGGCCUGUUGUGCUCAUAGGUUUGACCCUGAUUAUCGUCUUUUUGCCAGCUCGUGUGCUCUAUCACCGCAGCCGAAAAUGGUGGGCGUUUUCGAAUUGGCGUCUUUUACUUGCUGGUGUCUACCCGGUCGAGUUCAGAGAUUUCUUCCUCGGUGACAUGUAUUGUUCUCAGAGCUAUGCCAUGGGAAAUAUCGAGCUAUUUUUCUGUCUAUAUGCCAACGCUUGGAACAAUCCUACGCAGUGUAACUCAAGCCAUUCCAGGCUGCUUGGCUUCUUUACCUGUCUACCAGCAGUGUGGCGAUCUUUCCAGUGUAUUCGUCGAUACGUGGAUACGAAAAAUGCUUUCCCUCAUCUCUUGAAUUUGGGAAAGUACAUCUUCAGUAUCCUUUACUAUGCCACGUUGAGCAUGUAUCGCAUCGAUCGUCACACUCGUUUUCAGGCGUCAUUCAUUACGUUUGCACUUCUUAACUCUGUCUAUACAUCAGUCUGGGACUUGAUAAUGGACUGGAGUUUGGGCAAUGCUUACGCUAGACGACCUUUGUUACGUGAGGUACUGGCUUUUCGACGGGUCUGGGUUUACUACGCUGCAAUGGUCUUGGAUGUCAUAAUCCGGUUCAACUGGAUUUUCUACGCCAUCUUUGUCAAUGACAUUCAACAUUCUGCCGUCCUCAGCUUUGUCAUCUCGCUUUCAGAGGUCUUCCGUCGUGGUGUAUGGACUAUCUUCCGUGUGGAGAAUGAGCACUGUACUAACGUGCUUCUGUUCCGUGCUUCCCGAGAUACACCCCUUCCAUAUGAAAUUCCCGCAACGCCAGCGCUGGAUGGUGCUCAAACCGAGGACGUCCAGCUGCAAGACCAGCAAAACACACCUUUCAUGUACGCGGGAGAUGCUGAACAUGGAACACCCUCCUCAUCCAGCCAGCGCGCGAGAAACCGACGUCCCUCAGCCAGUAUUGCUCGCGUCGGAAACAAGGUUGCUGGUGCCCAUGCCCACGACUUUGAGAGAAGGCGUCUUCCAUCAUCAUCAUACUUGUCCAGUGCGGCCAUCACACAUGACGCAUUACGCAAUAAUUCCAACUCCUCUGACGAGGAUGACGAAGAGUUGACGACUGACGAAGACUCCGGCUCAACUGUUGAGGGUGGUCACGAUCAUGAUGGCGCGCAAAUCAGUGGCGAGCAGCGAUCCCCGAUCAUGCAUCGGAUUGUUGAGUAG